AUGAGGAAGAGGACUAUCCUUUCCGCGCUUCUUCUUCUUUGUAUUCUCUUUCUCUUUGUUGCAGAUCAAGGUAAAAAAAAAUUUCAAGCGAAUGCGGAAGAUAAUUCUGAUGAGCUUGUAGAUCCACCUAAGGUGGAAGACAAGAUCGACGUUAUUCCGCAAGGACUUUCAACCGAUUUAGAUGUGGCAAAAAAGAGAAGCGGAGUCGAUCUCGAAGAGAUCGCUACGAAGCAACUCGGGGAAGUUUGA